CUGUCAAAAUGUUAUGCUAUCACCAAAAAGUGAGGUUAAAUCCCAUUCCUUAAAAUUAAAAGGUGGCUUGUACUCCACAUGGAAGUUUUUCUAGCUGGCUCUCAUAUUUUUAUGUGUAGAAUGUUGUAGAUUUCUAUAACAUACAAAUGGGAAGUAUACAAACCAUCAAUCGAAAUUCUAAAGCGAUAAGUUGACUAAAUUAUAUCCAGGGCAACGUUUUAAAUAUACAGAUUUAAUAAAGACGAAAGAACUAUGAACUCUGAAAGCAGUACGUUAAAAAAUACUUCGCCCUUUCAUGAAAUUAUUGAGGAUAUCGAAGAUCUUAUUUCAUCACAAGAUAUAACACCAAAGGAGAGAUAUAGUUCUCGUAAGAAUGUAAAAAUUAAAGCAAAAAGAAAGGAGCAAAAUGUAACAAACUUGGAACCAGUAAAUGGAGAAAAUAUUCCCGGAACACAAACAAUUUACAUAAAGACAUGGGGUUGUGCGCACAAUAGUUCUGACACUGAAUAUAUGGCAGGUCAGCUUGCUGCAUAUGGGUACAAAUUAACAGACCAUAAAAAGGAAGCAAAUCUUUGGUUAUUAAACAGCUGCACUGUAAAAAAUCCAGCUGAAGAUCAUUUUAGAAAUCAGGUAGAGGAAGCUAAGCGUGAAGGAAAAUACAUUGUUGUAGCAGGAUGUGUUCCACAAGGUGCUCCUAAAGCUUCUUUUAUACAAGGACUUAGUAUUAUAGGCGUGCAACAGAUUGAUCGCGUAGUAGAAGUUGUUGAAGAAACUUUGAAGGGAAAUACUGUCAAACUGCUUGGAACAAAGAAAGAACAUGGGAAGAAAGUGGGAGGAGCUUCACUAUUGUUACCAAAAGUUAGAAGAAAUCCAUUGAUAGAAAUCAUAGCAAUAAACACAGGUUGCUUAAAUCAGUGUACUUACUGCAAAACAAAACAUGCUAGAGGUGAACUUGGAAGUUAUCCACCUGAAGAAAUAGUAGAAAGAGCCAAACAAGCAUUUGAAGAGGGCGUUGUAGAAAUUUGGUUGACAUCUGAAGAUACUGGUACAUAUGGACGAGAUAUAGGAAGUUCAUUACCAGAACUAUUAUGGAAAUUGGUGGAAGUAAUCCCAAAGGGUUGUCGACUAAGGCUAGGGAUGACAAAUCCACCAUACAUACUAGAACAUUUAGCAGAAAUAGCUAAAAUCAUGAAUCAUCCUCGAGUAUACAGCUUCCUCCAUGUACCUGUUCAGUCAGGAAGUGAUCAAGUUCUUUCUGACAUGAAACGAGAAUAUUUCAGAAAAGAUUUUGAACAUGUAGUGGAUUUUCUGCGAUCUCAAAUUUCUGGUAUGACAAUUGCCACAGAUAUAAUUUGUGGAUUUCCAACAGAAACGGAAGACGAUUUUGAAGAAACAAUGUUUCUUUGUGAAAAAUAUAAAUUUCCUAGUCUAUUCAUUAACCAGUUUUUUCCAAGACCUGGUACGCCAGCUGCAUUACUUCCCAGGAUAGCAGCUCAGGAAGUAAAACGUAGAACAAAAAGACUUACUGACCUGUUUUACACAUACCAACCAUAUGAAGGCAGAGUUGGUGAAACCUACGAAAUCUUAGUUACUGAAGUGUCUCAUGAUAAGUGUUAUUUUGUGGGUCAUAAUAAAUUUUAUGAACAAGUAUUAAUUCCUAAGGAACAAAAAUACAUGGGUCAGCUGGUAACUGUGAAAAUUCUUAGUGCUAGUAAAUUUUCAAUGAUUGGGGAACCAAUAGACAAAAUAAUGCCAGGUUUAACAAAACCAUUACAGCAGGGACAGGUUUCUGGAAUCAAAAUAGAAAAACCAGAGGACAUAAGAGUUUUGAUAACUUUGUUGAUUUUAGGAGUAUCAAUUAUUUUCAGAUUUUUAUGGAUGAUUCUGUAAUAUAAAUAUGUACGUUCAUGUGUUUCAUUUGAAUAAUUAAGAUAUGUAAGUUAUUAUGAAAUCUUGGUAAAAUAAAAUAACAUUGACAUUA